UUUAUUCAUUUGUUCUUUGUUGAUCUCGUCUUCCACUCAGUGGGCGGGGCGAGCGGGGGUUCUGCGCAUGCGCAUCUCGAGCUCUCGGUCACCUCUCAAGUCUGACAGCAGCUCUAAUAUUUCCGCACAUAGAUAGACAAAUAAUGCAGCAGCGCUGAGAGUCAGUCCAUAUGUGAACUGUUCUCGGCUCGCAGUCGGGAAGGACGCCGCUGAGAUGCGCGACGCGCUGCUGACGCCCGUCAGACGCUUCCCGUGGGCGACCAACGUGACGCUGUACGGCUGCCUGUUCGCGGGCGGAGAUUUAGUUCACCAGCGCUUCUCGCGUAAAGAACGAGUGGACUGGACUCACACGAGAAAUGUGGCCGUAGUGGCAUUCGGUUUUCACGGAAACUUUAAUUUCUUUUGGAUGCGCUUUCUGGAGCGACGCUUCCCCGGUAACGCGCUGCGGCCGGUGCUGCGGAAGCUGCUGCUGGACCAGACGCUCGCCGCGCCGCUCGCCAUCAGCGCCUUCUACACAGGUGUGAGCUUCAUGGAGGGCAGAGAGGAGAUUCUGCAGGACUGGAGAGAGAAGUUCCUCAACACGUACAAGGUGAGUCUGAGCCGACGCGGGGGAAGGACACACACACAUAUGGGAGGCC